AUGAUCGUGGACACUAACCGCCUACAGUUAAUCAACCUCACAGAUAUCUUCAUCUCACCAGCGGAAGAUCUUUAUCUUGUGAUGGACUGUUGCAUGACAGACCUUCAUGAAUUGAUUCAAUCAAGAUCGGACCCAUUGGAUAACAAGUUCAUCCAGUUCUUCACCUACCAAGUGCUGCGAGGGUUAAAAUUUAUCCACUCCGCUGGUGUGAUUCAUCGUGAUCUCAAACCCAGCAACAUUCUGAUCAAAGAAAACUGCGACUUGAAGAUUUGUGACUUUGGUCUAGCUCGAGAACAAGAUCAUCAGAUGACUGGCUAUGUCUCCACACGAUAUUACCGAGCUCCAGAAAUCAUGUUGAAUUGGCAGAGAUACAACUACGCAGUGGAUAUCUGGAGCACUGGCUGCAUUCUAGCAGAGAUGCUCCUAGGGAAAGUCCUCUUCCCGGGUACAGACAAUGUGCAUCAUUUCAAACUGAUCACUGAGAUCUUUGGGAAACCACCCAAAGAGAUUAUGAAGACAGUGUACAGCGACAUUGUAUGA